AUGAUUUCUAAAGGAUUAUCAGAGUUUCCAAAGCCACAUAAAGGCAUUUUAAAAAAUAAAAAUGAACCAAGAACAAAUAUUAACUUUUUCUCUGAUGCUACUGCUAGAAAUACUUUAGAAAAUUCACAAACUCAUUGUCAUACAGCAUCAUAUAUAAAUCAUGAUCAAGCGGUUUCAUCACCACGAUUAAAAUGGGAUGAAGCCAAUUUAUACUUAACAGAACAAGAGAAAACAUCCACUAUGAAAAUAACAGAGCCAAAGACUCCAUAUACACGUCAAUAUGACCCAUCACCAAGUUUUGAUGAAGAGAUGAUGGAUAGUGAUCAAGAAACUCUAAAUAAACAUAAUAAUAAUGACAUACCAGCCUUUAAUCUUGGUGAACCGCAGCAGAAAACACCUGUUCUUUUAAAACAAGUAGUUGUUAAAGAAGAAAAGUCAGAUAAUGGUAGCAAAACCAAGCAAACGCCUGAAGAUGAACAACAGCGUCGGAUUUUUGAACUGAUGCGCAAAAAACACUAUGAAAAAAUGGGAACAGCAGUUUUUUCACACGAAAUAGAGCCUGAUUAUGAUGAAAGUGAUAAUGAACUUGAAGAUACGUGUAUACAAAUAAAUGGUCAAACAUCGUAUUAA